AUGGCACGUUACGGAGCCCUCGGCGCGACCUUUCAGUUGGCCCGGCUAUUCCAGUUCUGCUCGUUGAUAGCCAUUAUUGGCAUGGUGGCCAAGUUCAUUGCAGUCAUGGUCAACGCCAACGCAUCUCCUCCGAGCAUCUUGAUCGGCACAAUCACCGUGACCUGCAUUGCCGUCAUUUACUGUAUAAUAUCGGCGAUUCUCUUCUUCGAUGAUAUCUUGCCCUUCCUCCCCAGCGCCGCAUUGGACUUUCUUGUCCUGAUCGGGAUGAUUGUUGUGGCUGUUGUGAUAGGCAAGCCCCUGUCGUACCUCAGCUGCAACAAUAUGUCGAACUUGGGUGACAAAGAUGCUACUGCUUACGUGUUUUCAUCCCACUUGGAUAGCUACCUCAGUUCUCUGAGUGGCAAGAUCGACUUCUCGGCAUGGAUCGGAGCGUCGAAGGCGAUUUGUCUGGAGAACAAGGCCGUUUGGGGACUGAGCAUUGCUUUGUGCAUCCUGUUUUUCUUUUCGACUAUUUGCAACCUGUGCCUCUGGCGCCAGAAGAAGGCCCUCGCUGCUAGCGACGACAAAUAA